AAAAAAAAAUCCACCCCAAUCACUCGAACCCGAGGGAGGCUUCCUUUCACCCUCGGGGAGAGGAGCUUCCAACGGUUCCCUCUCCUCCGUCUCCCCCCUGAACCCCCGUCCCCUCCCCUGCUCCCACCCCCUACUCCCGGCGCCGGGUGCAAGGUCCCUUUAAGGCGACGGCGCCUUCCUCGGGUCAGACUACCGGCGGCGACGACCACGGGAGCAUGGCGGACACCGACCUGUUUAUGGAAUGUGAGGAGGAGGAACUGGAGCCAUGGCAGAAAAUCAGUGAUGUCAUUGAGGACUCUGUAGUUGAAGAUUACAAUUCAGUGGAUAAAACUACUCCAGUUUCUGUGAGCCAGCAGCCAGUCUCAGCUCCAGUGCCCAUUGCUGCCCAUGCGUCUGUUGCUGGGCACCUCUCUACAUCCACUACUGUUAGUAGCAGUGGGGCACAGAACAGCGACAGUACAAAGAAGACUCUUGUCACACUAAUUGCCAACAACAAUGGUAAGUGGGAUUAUUGGGAAAGUGUUCCCAAGUGCAAGAUCUGUGAGUGGGCGUUUGAAAGCGAGCCACUGUUUCUCCAGCAUAUGAAGGACACUCAUAAGCCUGGAGAGAUGCCUUAUGUUUGUCAGGUGUGUCAGUAUCGCUCCUCCCUCUACUCUGAGGUAGAUGUCCAUUUUCGGAUGAUCCAUGAAGAUACGCACUUGCUCUGCCCGUAUUGCCUGAAAGUCUUCAAAAAUGGCAAUGCGUUCCAGCAGCACUACAUGAGGCACCAGAAGAGAAAUGUUUAUCACUGCAACAAAUGCCGGCUACAGUUUCUCUUUGCCAAGGACAAAAUUGAACACAAGCUCCAGCACCAUAAAACCUUCCGUAAACCUAAGCAGCUGGAAGGCUUAAAACCAGGCACCAAGGUGACAAUCCGGGCUUCUCGGGGGCAGCCACGGACUAUCGCUGUGUCUUCAAAUGAUACAUCUUCUAGCGCCUUACAGGAGGCAGCACCAUUGACCUCCUCCACCGACCCCUGUCCUGUCUUCCUUUACCCCCCUGUCCAACGCAACAUCCAGAAGAGAGCUGUGAGGAAAAUGAGCGUCAUGGGCCGACAGACAUGUCUGGAGUGCAGCUUUGAGAUCCCAGAUUUCCCUAAUCAUUUCCCUACCUAUGUGCACUGCUCUCUCUGUCGCUACAGCACCUGCUGCUCUCGAGCUUAUGCCAAUCACAUGAUCAACAAUCAUGUGCCACGGAAGAGCCCCAAGUAUUUGGCAUUGUUUAAAAAUUCUGUAAGUGGAAUCAAGCUGGCCUGCACUUCCUGUACCUUUGCUACCUCUGUGGGAGAUGCCAUGGCCAAGCAUUUAGUGUUCAACCCCUCCCACAGAUCCAGCAGCAUCUUACCACGGGGGCUCAGUUGGAUGUCUCACUCCAGGCCUGGCCAGACUCCUGAGCGAGUGUACGACCGGAACUUGAAGAAUGUGUAUCUUCCACCCUCCUUCCUCCCCAACAAAGCUGCCACUGUGAAACCCGGAGGAGCCACCCCAGCGGAGCCUCAAGAGCUUGCAGUUCCUGUGGCCCCGGCCCUUCCAUCACCCGUCUCCACUGCAACCCCACCAGCAACCCCUACUCACCCACAGCCCUCAUCCCUGCUGCCCUUGGCCACAGAGGGGGCUGAACGUCUGAACGUUGAACAGGAAGAGGGAAGAAGCCCCGUCACCCAGGAACCUGAACCAGCGGGUGGUGGUGGAGGCGGCAGUGGGGUUGGCAAGAAAGAGCAGCUGUCUGUGAAGAAGCUUCGGGUGGUACUGUUUGCCCUGUGCUGCAACACAGAACUGGCAGCUGAGCACUUCCGAAACCCCCAGCGUCGGAUCCGCCGUUGGCUUCGACGCUUCCAGGCCUCUCAGGGAGAGAAUUUAGAGGGCAAAUAUCUCAGCUUUGAGGCAGAAGAGAAACUGGCUGAGUGGGUGCUGAUCCAGCGAGAGCAACAGCUCCCUGUAAAUGAGGAGACCUUGUUUCAGAAGGCCACCAAAAUAGGACGCUCUUUGGAGGGGGGUUUUAAGAUAUCCUAUGAGUGGGCUGUGCGCUUCAUGCUGCGGCACCACCUCACUCCCCAUGCCCGGCGAGCUGUAGCCCACGCAUUGCCGAAGGAUGUAGCAGAAAAUGCAGGACUCUUCAUUGAGUUUGUACAGCGGCAGAUUCACAAUCAGGACUUGCCUUUGUCUAUGAUUGUGGCUAUUGAUGAGGUCUCCUUGUUCCUGGACACAGAAGUACUGAGCAGUGACGACCGAAAGGAGAAUGCUCUCCAGACAGUGGGCACAGGGGAGCCUUGGUGUGAUGUAGUGCUGGCUAUCCUGGCAGAUGGCACUGUCCUCCCUACCCUGGUUUUCUACCGUGGACAAAUGAAUCAACCUGCUAAUGUGCCGGACUCUAUAUUGCUAGAGGCCAAAGAGAGCGGCUACAGUGACGAUGAGAUUAUGGAGCUCUGGUCGGCCCGUGUGUGGAAGAAGCACACGGCUUGUCAGCACAGCAAAGGCAUGCUGGUGAUGGACUGCCAUCGUACUCACCUGUCAGAAGAGGUACUGGCCCUGCUCAGUGCCUCUAGCACUUUGCCUGCAGUGGUCCCUGCAGGCUGUAGCUCUAAAAUCCAGCCAUUAGACGUGUGCAUCAAACGAACUGUUAAGAACUUCCUGCACAAAAAAUGGAAGGAGCAGGCUCGGGAAAUGGCAGAUGCUGCAUGUGAUUCAGAUGUCCUGCUUCAGCUGGUGCUGGGCUGGCUGAGUGAGGUGCUGGGUGUCAUUGGGGACUCCCCAGAGCUAGUUCAGCGGUCCUUCCUCGUGGCUAGUGUUCUGCCAGGUCCUGAUGGCAACAUUAACUCACCUACACGCAAUGCUGACAUGCAGGAGGAGCUCAUUGCCUCCCUAGAGGAGCAGCUGAAGCUGAGUGGAGAGCGGUCUGAGGAGCCCUCGGCUUCCACCCCCCGGCCCAGGUCAUCUCCUGAAGAGACAGUUGAGCCUGAAAGCCUUCACCAGCUCUUUGAGGGGGAAAGUGAGACGGAGUCCUUCUAUGGCUUUGAGGAAGCUGACCUAGAUCUGAUGGAGAUUUAGGUGCUGGGGUCGUGAGAGCAUACGGAGUUGGGUAGGAAAGUGGAGGGGGAGGGUAGAGGGACUUAGAGAAAGGGAGUACCAGUGGGGUACUUGGUUUAUAUUUUUAAUUUUAUGCCGCCACUCCCCUGACAUUGAUACUUCCUGUGAAUUUGUGGGUUAUUAGGACAGCCAGUAGUGAUCACUUCUGAGCUGAGGAGCUGGCCCAUUGGUUACUCACUUCUGCUAAAAACAGGUUCUUGUGACUUUUAUUCCUUCUUCUUUAAUUUAAAUCACUGUGUUUGCUAUUUUUCUGACAAAAUCUAGGAAAACAAUCCUUUGUGGACAGAUAUUAAAUUGUUUUGUUUCCCCUUUUACCUCAAUUGUAUCAUAGUAUUUCUGGGUUUUGUUUGUUUUAUUCUAUGGCCAAUGUCUUUGGGCAUGAUACUAUCUAAUCAUUGUUAAUGUGAGAACUCUUCUGCAGAUGGGAAAGAAACAAAUAUGUAGCUCACAAGCUGGUUUAUUACAUGUGUGGAUAAAUUUUUUCAUUGUGGUCUUAACACUUUUAUAUAAAAAUGGAAAUGAAAAAAGAAUCCCACUGAACUCUUUCCUUCUCCUCCCUUCCCUUCCUUCUCCAGAGGUGUUGGUUUCUACAGCAACUCUUGAUAUAAAAUCGUGGCUUUAAAAAUGCAUGAAACCUCCUUGAAUCAUCCAGAAUGGAUAGAUUUCUCUUUCCUCACCACCCUCCACCAAAACACAACAGAAAAUCUUUUUUGCACUUGUGACCCUGACCCCUUUCCUGAUUUCCACACCGUCCUUUACUUUGCACAAAGGAGCACAUGUAACCCUAGCAAGUAAGAGGUCCUGGGUGAGGUGAUCAGUGUUGAGGUGGAAGCCGUCCCUAGUCUGUCUUCCAUCAGCCAGCCCCCGGCGGUGGCGGCGGCGGGAUCCCUGCUUUGUUGAACUUUGUCCUGUUAAUCAUGCCCUGACAGUACACCUGCUCAAGACAUCACAGGUACUAACUGGCAUAUGUUAAGUGUUGAACAAGACACAGACCGCUUGAACUCCUGCUAACCCGUGGUUUUCACAUUUCUCUCAAUGUUUCAGAAGAAACUGAUGUGGAAAAAAAAAAAAGCAUAGAGGUGUGCACAGAGAAAGACAUGAAUCUUUAUUUUUCACUGCCAACUUCAAGGAAAAUUUUUCUACAAUUUGCAUGAGGGAUUUUUUUUUUUUAAAGAAAAAGAUGUGUUCAUGGUGAUAAACCAAAAUGUACUGUACCAUAGAAGAAAAAGAGAACAAAAAACCAAGGCUACCUUUCCCACAGCCACACCAUUCUUGUCCAUCCCGAGGCUUUCGGCAAUGUUUCCUCCUGUGAGCCAAGGAGGCAACCUGCACAAGCUUGUAAGCGGUUCAUCUUUAAAAUGUACAUAAAUGGAGCCUUUAAUAAAAUGAGAGGAAAUGGAUUUAUAUACCUUUUUCUAUGUGUCCCUGUUUAAUAGGCUUUCAUAGACUGGGAGAUGUUCGAGAGGACAGCCUGGUGGUCCAGGUGUAGGUGUGUGGUCUUUGUCACCACCUGUUCCUCUCCCUGCAGUUUGUUUUUUUUUUAACUCCCAGCACACUAGAACCUAGUGAACAGGACCGAUCCCACAAGUUUGGCCAGCUCUGUCUGAACCCAUGGCGUUGGAGAUCUGAACGGAGGAUCCACCUAGGCUUCUCUUCCCCAGCUUUUUGCUCAAUGCCAUUUUAUUGAUGGACUAUAUAUACUUCAAAGCCAACCUUCUUUCUGCCUUUGAGAAAGCUGGAGAACUGUAAGUGGCCACUUCAAUCCACAACCAAACAAUUCUCUUUGUUCAUCUCUGCAGCAGCCACACCCUUAGCGGAGCUGGGUUCGUGGCCUCUGCACAUUGACUUUGAAUGGGUGAUUUAUUUUUUAUUUUUUUUUUUAAAAUCAUGGUAACAGUGGGUCGGCUGGGUUUUGGCAAGCAAAUUGUCUUUGUGGACUCUGCCUGCAUGGCUUAGUGGUAGAAGGAAUUUUUUUUGUUUUUGUUUUUUAUAAUUCAGUUUAAUCAAUAAACAUGUAUUUAUUGACAA